GUAAAGUGUCCAUCUCUAGCGCUUGAUUAAGAGCGUGAAACAUUUUUCAAACAGAUAAAGAAUAUGACCAUCUUGAAGCCUACACUUGCGUUUCUUGCUUUUUUUCAUGGUAAGGUUGAUGUUGUCAUAUUCAGUGUUUUAGCUUUGCUCCCCUUAUUUUCUGAUUUGGUUCUACAUGUAUUUUUCGCGUAGUUGUUUUCGUGGUUGACUGCAACUCUGUUCCUAAACACAAGUGUUCAACGCCUACCGAAUCAGAAAAACAACAAACUGAUGAUUCACUCAAACCUGAUCAUUUUAGACAUCUUGGUAAAGUUCAAGACAUGAAGGAAUGUGUCGCAAAAUGCUGCGACGUCGAACAUUGCGAUCUGGCUAUGAUGUCGUACGGCGGACAGAACUGCUAUGGUGUGGCAUGUUUCAGCGAGAACCUUUGCCAAAUGUUGCCUUCCUACCCGACCAGAAUUAGUUUCGACGUCGCACAUGUUUCUAGAUAAUCGAUCAGGGAAAAUUCACGAAGAGCGUUCUGCCCACUUAGCGGUUUAUUUUAAAGACUUCACGGUCACGAACAAACGUUUCAAGCGAAGAUUUUUUCUGGUUUUUCGUCAACUAUGGGAGAAAAUCUAUGAGGGGUACUGACCCCUAAAAUAUCGAGAGCUCAAAGCGUUGGAAUGUGGUGAACUUCACAAAAAAAGGAAAACGGUGG